UAUCUUAUUGGGAAUGGACAAUGGAAUGUUCUCUAGUUUUAUCAUGAUCAAAAACCUCCUUCUUUUUUGUAUUUCCAUGAACUUAUCCAGUCACUUUGGCUUUUCACAAAUGCCAACCAGUUCUGGAAAAGAUGAGACCAACGACAACAUCACCAUAUUCACCAGGAUCUUGGAUGGACUCUUGGAUGGCUAUGAUAACAGACUGCGGCCUGGACUCGGAGAGCGAAUCACUCAGGUGCGGACUGACAUCUACGUCACCAGCUUUGGUCCUGUGUCGGACACGGAAAUGGAAUAUACCAUAGACGUGUUUUUUCGACAAAGCUGGAAAGACGAAAGGCUUCGGUUUAAGGGGCCCAUGCAGCGCCUCCCUCUGAACAACCUUCUUGCUAGCAAAAUCUGGACCCCAGACACGUUCUUCCACAAUGGGAAGAAGUCCAUCGCACACAACAUGACCACACCCAACAAGCUGCUGCGGCUGGAGGACGACGGCACACUGCUCUACACCAUGCGCUUGACUAUCUCUGCUGAGUGCCCCAUGCAGCUUGAAGACUUCCCGAUGGAUGCCCACGCUUGCCCUCUGAAAUUUGGCAGCUAUGCAUAUCCUAAUUCUGAAGUUGUCUAUGUCUGGACCAAUGGCUCCACCAAGUCUGUAGUGGUGGCAGAAGAUGGCUCCAGACUGAACCAGUACCACCUGAUGGGUCAGACGGUGGGCACUGAGAAUAUUAGCACCAGCACAGGUGAAUACACAAUUAUGACAGCUCAUUUCCACCUGAAAAGGAAGAUUGGGUACUUUGUCAUCCAGACCUACCUUCCCUGCAUAAUGACAGUGAUCUUAUCCCAGGUAUCCUUUUGGCUAAACCGAGAAUCCGUCCCAGCCAGGACAGUUUUUGGGGUAACCACUGUGCUGACCAUGACUACACUCAGCAUCAGUGCUCGGAACUCCCUGCCCAAAGUGGCCUAUGCCACCGCCAUGGACUGGUUCAUCGCUGUGUGCUACGCAUUCGUCUUCUCUGCACUGAUCGAGUUUGCCACAGUCAACUACUUUACAAAGAGAGGCUGGGCCUGGGACGGCAAAAAAGCCUUGGAAGCAGCUAAGAUCAAGAAAAAGGAACGUGAACUCAUACUAAAUAAGUCAACAAAUGCUUUUACUACGGGGAAGAUGACACACCCACCAAACAUCCCAAAAGAACAAACCUCAGCCGGGACCUCAAACGCAUCUUCAGUCUCUGUAAAACCUCCGGAAGAGAAGACUUCUGAAAGCAAAAAGACUUACAACAGCAUCAGCAAGAUUGAUAAAAUGUCCCGAAUUGUAUUCCCAGUCUUGUUUGGCACUUUCAACCUAGUUUACUGGGCUACUUAUUUGAAUAGGGAGCCUGUGAUUAAAGGAGCUGCCUCUCCAAAGUAAGCCACCACACCAGACCCAGACACCAAGGAAGCCAUACUUCCAGGAAAAUUGUACCAGGGAGAGGAUGAGCUAAGAGGACUCCCCGGAUUUGGGCACUUUCAGGAAACUUUUGCAUGUUUAAUAAUAUGUACAAAUAAUAUUGCCUUGAUGUUUCUAUAUGUAACUUCAGAUGUUUUGAAGAUGUCUCAUUGGUAAAUAAAGCAAACAACUUUCUAGCAAAACAGGGAGGCAAUGACUCUGACACUCAGAUGCUCAGUAUCUUAACAUCGAUAGUUUACAACAAGAUAAGUAUAUUUUUAACUGUUCCAAGUGUUACCUAAUGAUGUUUUUUAUACUUCAAAUGUCAUUUCAUACAAAUUUUCCCAGCAGAUGAAUAUUUUAAGAAAUGCUCCAUGAUUAUUACUUGACCAACUAUUGCAAGAAACAAAGAUCACAGAGAGCACAUUUUUCAUUAAAAGGGAAACAAUGGGCAUUUAUGUCCAAAAUUAAUUGUCUUUGAUAAUUCUUACUAUUCUGAAAUUUGAAGAAGUACUGCAUGAUCUGACAUUAAGAAAUACAAUAGGCAAACAUUUAUGCAGAGAAAUUUAAUAACAAAUAUAUAGUAUACGAGAUUAGCAUAUCAAAUAUUUCCCCAAGGAAAAUUUUUAAGCAGUUAGGCUUAAAAAAAUCUUUUUUUUUUUUUGGUGGGGAGGGAAGAAAUUUGUUUCCCACCCCACUUCAACCUCUCCACUAACUGAACAAUGACCAAGAAAGAAAAGGAGAUGUUAAAACAAAAAGAGAUUUGAUGACA